ACGAGACUAAAAAUUCCUCAUCGUUUCCCAUGCUCUUUCUGAAUCGCCCUGGUUUUGAAAUAGACGCCCCACUUUGCUGCGAAGUGUUGGUAAUACAACGCCAUUGUUCAUCUCAUCCCGCCUGUGCAGCUUCCCCCACAAUAUUGUCAACACAACGCCAAGAUGGACCCAGAUCCAGGUACUGGAAGCUGCUAAGCGCUAUUUGAGGCGCGGAAGGCUAGAACCACGCUGCGGCGUGAGAGACAAGUACGUCGCCUUGAGAUGCGCUUCUCGUCAUUGCGCGGACUGGCCGGUGCUCAUGAGCCAGUAUUCUCAUGGUGUACCUGGUGGCCCAUGAUGACUUCAACUUACGCACUGGCGUCCUUACUCUUCCUUGCUCAUCUUUUGCAGGAGUCUCAAGGCUAAUAUGGCUACUCAAUCGCUGGACCACGGCGUGUCCACCAAUAGGACAGCAGAACCACGAGAUACUCGUGAUCAAGACUAUCGCGAAUGGAAGACUAUGGAGACUAUAAAGCGCAAGAGGCCAACCGGCGAGCUGAGGGAGGCGCGCAAAAAGAUAAGAAUGGACAGUACGGUUGCGUCAAGAGAGCGGUGUCCUCUCAUGGAAGUAUUCCACGAGUAUGGCUUACUGGAGAUGAUCAUAUCGAGCCUAUACCCAGACGACCUCAUGGCGCUGCUUCUAUGCUCGAAGACUGUGCAUAAGACGAUACUACCACAGUCCGGUAGCUUGGAGAAUUUGCUGGGCAAACUCAAGUGUUCUGGUAGAGGUGUAAAGAUCCGUAAUAAGCGUCACAAGAAGUCGACCUUCUUCGACGCUUAUGACUGUACUGAAUACAUCAAGUGCGGCGCAAAGGAGUCCGAUACCGAGUGUCGACCCUGCUCAAGAUGCAAGGUUAGCACCUGCGACGAGUGUCGCAUUCACUGCGUCUACCAGAGCAUCUACGAAACGCCAUGCGAUAAGGAUGAGUUGCCCAACUUUAGCGGCUUUGUCCUGUUGUCACCCUUUGAGGUACCUAUUCUCAGCCCACAUCACAUGUCUAGCGACGACUCCGCGCCAGAAUGGGAAAGCUCCGCGCAUGGUUCCAGUGCACCGUAUCACGACCAAGGCUUCAUCGACGUUCCUUUUGAGCAAGACAGCUUCGGUCUACCCGAGUGUGUCGAAGAGCUCUUAGAGUUGGAUCUUGGCAGUCACACCUUGGCUGCAUCGCCUUCUUCAAGCAUCGCUCACCCCUCGCCAGUCCUUCGAGCCUUGUACCAAGCAACGGAGCAAAGGAAACGAUGGUUCUGCAACGACUGCCUCCCAAAAGACGGGUCGGAUAGCCAAAGAAGACUCCCAGACUUUCAGUGUCAGUGCACUUUGCGCAGUCGAUUUCUUGACCGCUGGCUAUGCCUGCGCUGUUACGAGGCAGAAGAAUCUAAACUGGAUACAAUAUUCGCUGAUCACAAAGAGCAUUGCGCCUGUGGGCGACAGGUUGGGAACAAGACCUGCUUGUGGUGCUGGGGAGAGGUGACGCAUCCAAUGCUAGAAUUCGACGCAGUAUCGAAUUGAGACCCGGAGGAUACCCUUUAGCGAAAGCGCACCACCCCAAGCGCGGACACUCUUGCCGUCGCAUGAUCUUGCGUUAUGUGCUGUUAAUCUCUGUAUUUGUACUGUUUGUAACAAUACCUUGUAUACUUCCGUAAUCUCCAAACUUUUGUUGUCAUUCGCUCGUCUAAUCCGGUUUUGAGUGCUGCGAUUAGGAGUAUCCCCUACCCACAUGAUCACCCAUUAUUGCUUGUAUGAGAAAGAGUAUCGAUAGCGUCCAAGCAAAGGCAUGGAAACCGUUUUUGUGUAUUGCG